CCUCCCUAUCUUUCCAGCUCCUGACUGUUGCGCAGUGAGUGGAUAGCGCGGCCGGCCGGAGGGAGCCGCUGGUGCUGGAGAUUGGAGCGCUUAGGUGGAGGACGAGGGGGAGGAGGAGGAGGAGCAGCAGGGCGAGGACCAGGAGGAGCAGGAGCAGGAGGAGGAGAAGGCGGAGGCGGAGGAGGAGGAAGAGGAGGAGGAGGAGGAGAAGAAGACGAAGAAGCAGCAACUCUCGAGUGCCCACGGUGACCCUUGGCGUGGGAACUGGAGCAGCUGGGGCAAGCGCUCAGGAGUCGGGCUCACAGCCUGGAGGAGCCCCCUGACGUGGCCCAGGGCGCCAGGAACUGCUUUGGAGGACCUUCCUCGGAGGGAGCUGCCUAGUGUGUGCGUGCGUGUGUGUGUGUGUGUGUGUGUGUGUGUGUGUAUGUGUGUGUAUAUCUGUGCAAGGCUGUCCGGGGGUUUCUGUCCGAAGCUUGGAGCCCGCUUUUCCUCUGGGUACCAGCGGCCAGCCGAGAGCCUGGCACCGAGCGGACUGCUUGUCUGCCUGCGGGACCCGGGGCUCCCGUCCUUCCCAGACUCCCGGGCUGAGAGCUGCGGGGAGCCCAACCUCGGAGGAAGGUGGCAGAGGCAGCGGGGGAGGCGGCAGGAGCGGCUGUAGAGGCAGCAAGGACAGAGGCAGCAGCGGGCAGAGGUGGACAGCGGCAUCGACGGCUGCUCUAGGGGAUGAAAGGAAGAAAUAGCUGCAGUAUCAAAGAUUCCCAUUCCUGUUUGGAGUCAAUAAGGAUUUUGUUUGGGAUAUAUUGAGUUUAAUUUGAUAAUGAAGAAAGAAACAAGAAAACUCUUUGCCAUGAAGAUGGGGACAUAAUUCAAAGGACUGACUGAAGAGCUUGCCAGCCCAGGAAUUGAUGGAGGGACUGGACAAUAAGGAUUCACAAUUAAAUCAACACUGAAAACUAUGAUCAAAAACUGAAGGGAAACAAAGGCCCAUCUUGAGUGAAAUCUGACAGAAGAUGUUACAGCAGUUUUCUCUCAGGAAAUGGUUACCUUUAGGGAUUAUCCUUGGCACUGUCUUCUCAUUUGGCGCUGGCCAGCAUGAGGAUGAUUGUAAGCUGGCCCGGGGAGGUCCACCUGCAACAAUAGUAGCCAUCGAUGAAGAAAGUAAAAAUGGUACAAUCAUCGUGGACAACAUGCUCAUCAAAGGGACAGCUGGGGGCCCCAAUCCUACCAUUGAACUUUCGUUAAAGGACAAUACGGAUUACUGGGUGAUGUUGGAUCCAGUCAAACAGAUGCUCUUCCUAAACAGCACCGGCAGAGUCCUGGACAGAGAUCCACCAAUGAAUAUCCAUUCCAUUGUGGUGAAAGUCCAGUGUGUCAACAAAAAAGUGGGGACCGUUAUUUACCAUGAAGUUCGAAUUGUGGUGAGAGACAGAAAUGACAACUCUCCUACUUUCAAGCAUGAGAGCUACUAUGCCACCGUGAACGAGCUGACACCAGUGGGAACCACCAUAUUCACAGGGUUUUCUGGAGAUAAUGGAGCCACAGACAUAGACGAUGGUCCCAAUGGACAGAUUGAAUAUGUCAUCCAGUACAACCCAGAUGAUCCGACCUCCAACGAUACCUUUGAGAUUCCUCUCACGUUAACUGGAACUGUUGUAUUGAGGAAGAGACUUAAUUAUGAAGAUAAGACCCGUUAUUAUGUCAUCGUUCAAGCUAACGACCGAGCUCAAAACCUUAACGAACGGAGAACAAGUACUACCACGCUCACAAUAGAUGUCCUUGAUGGAGAUGAUCUGGGGCCAAUGUUUCUUCCUUGUGUCCUAGUGCCCAAUACUCGAGACUGUCGCCCUCUCACCUACCAAGCAGCCAUCCCAGAACUGAGAACACCGGAAGAACUGAACCCCAUCAUUGUUACUCCCCCAAUCCAAGCCAUUGAUCAGGACCGGGACAUCCAGCCACCUUCUGAUCGACCUGGGAUCCUCUAUUCCAUCCUUGUGGGGACUCCUGAAGAUUAUCCUCAAUAUUUCCAUAUGCAUCCAAGGACUGCAGAGCUCAGCCUCCUGCAGCCUGUAAACAGGGAUUUCUACCAGAAAUUUGAUUUGGUGAUUAAGGCAGAACAAGAUAAUGGUCAUCCUCUCCCUGCAUUUGCUAGCCUUCAUAUUGAAAUCCUGGAUGAAAACAACCAGAGCCCUUACUUCACAAUGCCAAGUUAUCAAGGCUAUAUCCUGGAGUCUGCCCCUGUUGGUGCAACUAUCUCGGACAAUCUCAAUUUGACCACUCCUCUCAGAAUCGUUGUCUUGGACAAAGAUGUAGAGGAUACAAAAGACCCCGAGGUCCAUCUUUUUCUGAAUGACUACACCUCAGUCUUCACUGUGACUCCAUCUGGUAUAACACGCUACCUCACCUUGCUUCAGCCAGUGGACAGGGAAGAACAGCAGUACUACACCUUCUCGAUAACUGCAUUUGAUGGUGUCCAAGAAAGCAGCCCUGUUACAGUCAACAUCAAGGUGAUUGAUGCCAAUGAUAACACUCCAACCUUCCCUGCCAUCUCCUACAAUGUCUAUGUUUACACAGACAUGAGCCCUGGGGACAGCGUCAUACAGCUCACUGCUGUAGAUGCAGACGAAGGACCGAAUGGAGAGAUCUCAUACCAGAUCCUCGUUGGAGAUCAAGGAGACUUCGUCAUUAAUAAGACCACAGGUCUUAUUACUAUCGCACCAGGAGUAGAAUUAACAGUGGGCCGGACCUAUGCCCUUACCGUACAAGCAGCUGACAAUGCCCCCCCUGCAGAGAGAAGGGAUUCGAUUUGCACUGUCUAUAUUGAAGUACUUCCACCAAACAACCAGAGUCCUCCCCGCUUCCCACAGCUGAUGUACAGCCUUGAAGUCAGUGAAGCCAUGAGGAUUGGGGCGGUUUUAUUGAAUCUCCAGGCAACUGAUCGAGAGCAUGAUCCAAUAACAUAUGCUAUCGAAAAUGGAGAUCCUCAACGAGUUUUCAACCUUUCAGAAACUACUGGAAUUCUUACCUUGGGAAAAGCAUUGGACAGAGAAAGCACAGACCGCUACAUUUUGAUAGUUACUGCUUCUGACGGCAGACCAGAUGGGACUUCAACAGCCACUGUGAACAUUGUGGUGACAGAUGUAAAUGACAAUGCUCCUACUUUUGAUCCAUACCUGCCAAGAAAUUUAUCUGUGGUUGAAGAAGAAGCCAAUGCUUUUGUUGGACAAGUCAGGGCCACAGAUCCAGAUGCUGGCAUAAAUGGUCAAGUACACUAUAGUCUGGGAAAUUUCAACAAUCUUUUUUGGAUCACUUCAAAUGGAACUAUUUACACAAGAGUUAAACUUAACCGAGAAGUAAGAGACUACUAUGAACUCGUUGUGAUCGCAACAGACGGAGCUGUGCAUCCCCGGCAUUCGACCUUGACCCUGGCAAUAAGGGUUCUGGAUAUUGAUGACAAUAGUCCUGUUUUCACAAACUCUACCUACACAGUUGUUGUUGAAGAGAAUCUGCCAGCAGGAGCCAUCUUCCUCCAAAUAGAAGCAACCGAUGUUGACCUUGGUGCCAAUGUUUCCUACCGGAUUCGAAGCCCGGAAGUAAAACAUUUAUUUGCUCUUCACCCUUUCACCGGAGAACUGUCCCUUUUGAAGAGUUUGGAUUAUGAGUCCUUUCCAGAGAACGAAGCCUAUAUCACUUUUCUGGUGGAGGCUUUUGAUAUAGGAGGAACCAUGCCCCCAGGCAUUGCCACUGUCACAGUGAUCGUUAAGGAUAUGAACGAUUAUCCUCCCGUGUUUUCCAAACGCCUUUACAAAGGGAUGGUUGCUCCAGAUGCAGUCAAGGGCACACUGAUCACUACUGUUUUUGCUGAAGAUGCGGAUCCUCCAGGGUUACCAGCAAGCCAUGUGCGGUACCGAGUGGAAGACAAACAAUAUCCUUACCCAGCAAGCAUAUUUGACAUAGAAGAAUAUUCAGGACGUGUUAUCACUCGAGUGAAUCUCAAUGAAGAACCCAGUACAAUAUUUAAGCUGGAGGUUGUUGCUUUUGAUGAUGGGGAACCUGUGAUGUCUGGAAGUGCCACAGUGAAAAUCCUCGUCUUACAUCCUGGAGAAAUCCCACGCUUCACACAAGAAGAAUAUAGACCACCUCCAGUAAGCGAACUUGCACCGAUAGGGACUCCAGUUGGUGUUAUCAAUGCAGCGGCCAUCAAUCAGAGUAUCGUAUACUCUAUUGUUUCAGGAAAUGAAGAUGAUCAUUUUGGUAUUAAUAAUGUCACGGGUGUGAUCUACGUCAAGUCACUUCUUGACUAUGAAACAAAGACGAGCUAUGUGCUCCGAGUCCAAGCCGAUUCCUUGGAAGUGGUUCUGGCCAACCUGCGAGUCCCUUCUAAAAGCAAUUCAGCCAAAGUGUACAUUGAAGUUCAGGAUGAGAAUGAUCAUGCUCCGGUCUUUCAGAAAAGGUUAUACAUUGGAGGAGUGUCUGAAGAAGCACUGAUGUUUUCAUCUGUUCUCAGAGUGAAGGCAACUGAUAAAGACACUGGUAAUUAUAGCGCCGUGGCAUACAGACUUAUCAUACCUCCAAUUAAAGAGGGAAAGGAAGGAUUUGUUGUGGAAACAUAUACAGGUCUAAUAAAAACUGCCAUGCUCUUCAAAAACAUGAGAAGGUCCUACUUCAAGUUCCAGGUCGUUGCAACAGAUGAUUAUGGAAAGGGGUUAAGUGGCAAAGCCAAUGUUCUGGUGUCUGUGGUCAAUCAGCUGGACAUGCAAGUCAUUGUCUCCAAUGUGCCUCCAACGCUCGUGGAGCAGAACAUCGAUGAACUGACAGAGAUUUUGGAUCGCUAUGUGCAAGAACAGAUUCCUGGUGCCAAAGUUGUGGUGGAAUCCAUUGGAGCCCGAAGGUUUGGAGAAGCUUAUUCUCAAGAAGACUAUACAAAGUCUGACCUGGUUGUCUAUGCAAUUGACCCCCAGACCAACAGAGCAAUCAGCAGGAAUGAACUUUUUAAGUUCCUAGAUGGGAAACUGCUGGAUAUUAAUAAAGACUUUCAGCCAUAUUAUGGUGAAGGAGGACGAAUUUUGGAAAUCCGCACCCCAGAUGCAGUGGCGUUGGUUAAGAAACAUGGACAGUCUUUUGGCUAUACUGAAGGGGCACUGCUUGCGUUAGCCAUGAUUAUCAUCCUCUGCUGUAUUCCUGCCAUCUUGGUCGUGUUGGUCAGCUACAGACAAUUCAAAGUACGACAAGAAGAAUGCACCAAGACAGCUAAGAUGCAGGCCUUGGCGGCACCCAAGCCAGCAGCCCCAGCACCACCAGCACCAGCAGCAGCAGCAGCGCCUCCCCCCCCACCACCACCACCUCCCCCAGGGGGUCCCCAUCUCUACGAGGAGUUGGGUGGAAGUGCAAUGUAUGAAAUGCCCCAGUAUGGAAGUCGUCGCCGGUUGCUGCCACCUGCUGGUGAGGAGUAUGGUGAAGUGGCAGGAGAAGCUGAGGAAGACUAUUAUCCGGAGGAGGAGUGGGCCAGGAAAAAAAUGAUCCAGUUGGCUGUUGACCGAGAAUAUGAAACCAGCUCCACUGGAGAAGACAGUGCCCCUGAGUGCCAGAGGACCUGCCUCCACAAUCCCCAAGUUCACAACAAUAUCAACGGCAACAUCUACAUUGCUCAGAAUGGGUCGGUGGUGAGGACCCGCCGGGCUUGUCUCACCAAUAAUUUGAAAGUCCCUUCCCCUGUCAAGAUGGGGAAGCAUUUUAAGAAGCUUGACAAGUUAGCAGUGACACAUGAGGAAAGUGUCCCACUGAACACAUUAUCCAAGGGGGCAUUUUCCAGUGAGAAACUGAACACUAGACCACCUCUCGUUUCCUUUGCCCCUGGCCCAAUGGGGGCAGACAGUUCUGCGGGAAAACUUGGGGGUGGCAGGAUCAAAAGCACAGCAGAACAGGAGUCCAGGAUUGACAGUCAAGACAUGAAGGGGGUCUUGGAAUUCUCAAGUGAUCAUACCCAGUCAGAUGAUGAGGAGCUCUGGAUGGGUCCCUGGAAUAACCUCCACAUACCAAUGACGAAACUGUGACCAAUUUUUAGAUUUUAUUUUUAUUUUUACUUGAGUUUGUAAUAAACAAGGCUUUUUAUUGUCACCAAGAAUACAACACAUUGGGAUUUGUACUGUACACAGGAGUUGUAACUUUGGAAAAACUGCUUUAAACAAGAAGGAAGGAAGGAUUUGCACUUGGAUUUCUAUCAACUGUUCUUCCCAGUGAUUCUUUUUGAAAGGCACUCAACUCACUAAAAAGGGGGAAAAACAAAGAGUGAAAGAAAUACGUCAUUAAACAUUCAGCAGUUUUAUUUUAUAUUGAUUUAUUGUUUUAAUAAACAGAAAAUAACAUACUAAAUGAUCACCUACAUUUUGUUGGCUUUCCAUGAAAUAUGCUGUAUGUCUAACACCUUGCUGCAUUUUUAGCAUCGAUACCAUCCAAAAGAGAAGGGAAAAUUUAUAUUGGAAGAUUUAUAUUGGUAACCAGUUUAUACAACGGAUGUCUAUAAAGCCUUGAAUUUUUUAUGAAAGUUGAACUUGUAGAUUUUAUGAUUGUGAUAACAGAUGGGGAAUCUUCUGUAAUCUAUUCUGAAUGUUGAUUGAGAAAUGCCUCUAUUUUCCUUCUUCCCUUUGUAGUCAUCUCCAGCAUUGUCAUUUUCCCCUAAACUCCCUAAACAUUAUGCUAGAUAGCACACUCUUGUUAGCAACACCAUCUACAUUUUACCAAGAUUUUUUUUCUGCUCCUCAUAAAUAAAGUAUGGGUGAUUUAGAAUGGAACAAAAUUAGGAAAUCAGCCUUGAGUGUGACAUAAAUCUAAAAUAUUCCAACACGCAUACUGGGAGGUGAAGGAUCAAAUAGGCAACAACAAUCUUAAGUUACCAGUUUCAAAAUUAAUACACAAUAUGGACAAAUAAAUCACUGAGCUCUGAAUAAAUCAUGAACCAAACAACACAAUAAAAUCUCUUAAAAUGGUCCAGAAAUACAAUAACUGGAAAACUAUGUUCAGUUUCUGUUUGUACCUCAACUCUCUAUCCCUUACCUAUUUAUGUGCAGCCCAUUCUAGUACAGUUACACAACUAAAGUACAGAAGCAGAAAAAUUGUCUUCCAUAGAAAAGAACAUAUACUUUGUUCAGAUUAUUUCCCCAUUAAACCGAGCACUUAAAUUGGAACCAAAAACCAAUCUCUCAUUACAGACAUAAUUUGUCUUCUUUAUUCUACACUGAUAUCUGUAAUAAAAUUUAAGGUUUUUUUGUAACAAAAGAGAAAUCUGGAGACUGUUGAAUGUUGUUUCAUUUGACUGAUUAUGAUUCUUCUUUGAAAAGGCAUAUAGAUAAACAUUACAUCUUUCCACUCCCAAUUUUGCCCAGUACUGAGAAAGCACUAGCAGGUUGUAAAGGGUUUUCUAACAAAACACUUUUAGAGAAUUUUGAUGGUACUUGUGGCUAGCUCCUUGAUGUAAAAACAUCAACACAAAUUCAUUAAAAUUUACAGAGAUGUAUCUAGGUGGAAAAUUUCAAAUCAGGGUCUGUGUUAGGGUAAAGACAUGAUCCCCAUCUACAUAAAAAUAAGAAAGUCACAACAGAUUCUCCUAUACACUAAAAAUAGUUGACCUCAUCCCCAUCCCCCCAACUCCAAUCAGAGUGUUGUUAUGGUUGUUGUCAUUUGUUCUCAAAGAAGACCAAAAUCUUCAUGCUGGAGUC